AUGGAUCAACUUAACGAAGAACAAAUUGCUGAAUUCAAAGAAGCUUUCACCUUAUUUGAUAAAGAUAAUGACGGUACUAUUACAACUAAAGAACUUGGUACUGUUAUGAGAUCUCUUGGUCAAAAUCCCACUGAAGCGGAAUUACAAGAUAUGAUCAACGAAGUAGAUGCCGAUGGUAAUGGUACAAUUGACUUUCCAGAAUUUCUAACUAUGAUGGCUCGUAAAAUGAAAGAUACUGAUUCUGAAGAGGAAAUUAAAGAAGCAUUCAAAGUUUUUGACAAAGAUGGUAAUGGAUUCAUUUCUGCGGCUGAACUGAGACAUGUUAUGACUAAUCUUGGUGAAAAGUUGACUGAUGAUGAAGUAGACGAAAUGUUACAAGCCACAUUUGUAAGCCAUGAUAAUUACAAUGAUAUUUACAUGAUUCGUGAAGCUGAUGUAGACGGAGAUGGUCAAAUUAAUUACGAAGAAUUCGUUAAGAUGAUGAUGACUAAGUAA